AUGAAGAGGAUGUGGAAGGGGAAAGGCGAUUUUGGUUUUUGCCGUUUUUGGGUGGGAUUCCGCUCUUCUCGUCCAUCGAACAGUCUAUCCACCGGUCAAAUCGAUUUAUCGAUCGCAUCAGUGUUAUCAAUCAUUUCACGUAUUUGGAAGAACGGAUUUUCAUUCAGUCCGCCUCGGCGUCGUGAUAGUGUGGUGGCAAGACAGUCGUGGUGGAGGAUCCAUCACCCAUAUUAUUUUCCAGAAAAAGAUCUACUAGAAAUUAAAAUGUAG